CUCGACUUGGAUCGAAGCAAGUGCCUCUCCAAGCAAUCGUUGUACAGGAAGUACUAUUAAUAGUAAAAACAAGCAAACAAACGAAGAAGGAUGAGCGACUUUGAAGGCAGUGAGAACAGCGACUACUUUGACGAUGAUGACAAGGUGAACAGUACGGAGAACAGCAGUACCCGUGGUGACGAAUCUUCGUCUCGGGAUGAAGUGAAGGAGAUCCGCAAAGGGUCGAAGAAGGAAACGGCCAGGGUCACGACUUGGAAGAUCCUCGUGUUUCUCGCUCUCGUGGUGACUGCCGUCUCCGUUACGGCCACUACGUACACCCUGCUGGUUCGCCAGGAAGACGAAAACUUUCGCACCGUCUACGCCCAGUUUGCUCGUACCGUAGCCGAUGCGGCGCUGGACCAACAAACGUACAUCAAGGCGGCCCUAAGGAGCUUGUCGGACACAGUGUCGCUUUCGGCCAAUCUCGAUGGCAACGGCGACCCGGCGUGGCCCAACUACUGGCCUCCCAUGUGGGAAACCUACGCCAACGACUACUUGAAGAUCUCUCGUACCGAGUAUGUCGGACUCAGCAGCCUGGUCUACAAGGAUCAGCGUGAAAGCUACCGCAACUACACGUCAUCCGUCUUUGAGCAAGCCAUCAAGGACUCGCAUUACAUCCGAUAUGGGCACCUCGACUUUCUCAAUACCAAUACCAGCUUGUUCGUAAACGAUUUUGUCAAGAAGCGAAACGGCACCUGGCAAAUCGACGACGAGAGGGACAUGUACAUUGUUCGAGGCAUACAGUCUCCACCCUCGAGAAGGUUCAGUCCGCCCAUCAACUGGAAUCUGGGAAGCACUCCACCCAUUGCCGCUCCCAUGAUGGCCGUCAUUCCUCUCAAGUACGAAACGACCUUUAGUAUUAUCAAGCCAUUCAUCGGUGUCCCAAAAGACGAGCACAACGGAUUCCACUCCAGGGACAUUCUCGAUAAUCCCCACUUUUUUGGAUACCAGCCAGUCCACAAGUUUGUGGGGGACUACGAGUCAGAAGUGGUCGCCAUUAUCUCCACUGCCAUGUCCUUUGAUGCUGCCAUGCAAAAGCUAUUGCCCUCCAAUGUACGCGGGAUGUUGGCGGUUGUCAACAACAACUGUGGACAGACUGUUUCAUACACUAUCGAUGGGGAAGAAGCCUUCUUUGCAGGAGAUGGGGACCUUCACGGGGGUCAGUACGAUGAUCUGGCAGUCUUUGUCAACCUCACAAGUUACACAAACCCAGACUUUCCCACCACUCCGGGUCACUGCAUGUACACCAUGACCAUCUAUCCUACCCCCGUCUUUGAAGCGGCCUACAAGACAUCGACUCCUGCCGUCUUUGCCGGCGUUGUGGCGGGGACAUUCAUCUUGGUACUCUUGGUCUUUCUCAUGUACGACCGCAUGGUUCUCAAGAGGAAUGAAAAGAUCAUUUCGGACGCUGCCAAAUCCAAUGCCAUUGUCACAUCCAUCGUCCCGGACCAUCUGCGAGACAGACUUAUCAUGCACCAACAAGAACAACAAGAAGGUCCUGGCAAGAGGCGAAACAGCCUCAAAACCUUCUUGAACGAAGGUGCCAGUCAAAGGAUGAAUCAAGACGGAGUCCCAAUGAUUGCAGCUCCUUUGGCCGAUCUCUUUUUGGACACAACGGUACUGUUUGCCGAUAUUUCUGGCUUUACGGCUUGGAGUUCCGUGCGCGAACCGUCACAAGUAUUUGUCCUCCUCGAGACUUUGUAUCAGAGCUUUGAUCGCAUUGCCAAGCGCCGGCGUGUUUUCAAAGUGGAAACUGUGGGUGAUUGCUACGUUGCUGUGAGUGGACUUCCAGACCCUCGACGCGAUCAUGCUGUAGCCAUGGCGAGAUUCGGCAGAGAUAUCAUCGCCAAGAUGGCUGUGUUGGUCAAGAAGCUUGAGGUUACGCUUGGUCCCGAUACAGGCGAACUGGCCCUUCGUAUUGGAAUGCACUCAGGCCCCGUCACGGCUGGGGUUCUUCGAGGCGAGCGAGCCCGUUUCCAGCUCUUUGGGGAUACUAUGAAUACUUGUGCUAGAUUGGAGAGUUCAAGUCAGCCCAACAAGAUCCAGUGCUCAAAAGAAACGGCACAGUUGCUAAUCGAUCAUGGGAGAGGGUCCUGGGUACACAAGCGAACGGAACCAAUGCCUUUCUUGAAAGGAAAGGGCUAUCUCGAAGGUUACUGGCUUGCGGUAGAGGGAGAGCGUGCUAACAGUGUAAUGUCUACCCCCAGUCAGCUAUCGUCCGAAUGUGUGACUGCCACUGCCGGUUGGGCUAAUACUAAGCCUGGCAAAGCAUUCCCAGGACUUGAUAGCCGUACACUGCGCCUCAUCAACUGGAACGUGGAGAUGAUGGCCAGGCUACUCAAGCAGAUCGGGGUCCGCCAUGCUUCUAUUAAGGCACAGAGUCCUCUCGCGGCGCAAAGUUCGCACGGGGCUCUUCGGGGCAGGGGUGGGAGUGUCUCAACUCGAGCCUUUACGCCUAUGGCAACCUUUGGAGAAACCAUGCCACUGGAAGAGGUACAGGAGAUAAUCCGCUUGCCGGACUUCGAUGGCAAGGCAUCUACAAAGCAAGUGGAUCCUGACCAAAUCAAGCUACCUGAGGAGGUCGUAGAACAACUCCACCAUCUCGUCAGCACUAUUGCCAGCAUGUACAAUGACAAUCCAUUUCACAACUUUGAUCAUGCCUCACAUGUUGUCAUGAGUGUAAUCAAGUUAAUGUCAAGGAUUGUCGCCCCGUCUCACCUGCUCGAGAACGGAGACCCGAUGGCAGAAGGGAACCCCUCGCUCCACGCGACCCUUCAUGACCAUACUUACGGCAUAACUUCGGAUCCUCUUACCCAAUUUGCGUGCGCCUUCAGCGCCUUGAUUCAUGACGUUGAUCAUGUGGGAGUAAGCAACGCCCAGCUAGUCAAGGAGGGCGUACCAAUUGCCGAGAAGUACAACCAGAGGUCGGUUGCAGAGCAGAAUUCCCUUGACUUGAGCUGGGAAUUGCUCAUGCACCCCCAGUACGAUGACCUUCGAGCCUAUCUUUUCCAGACACAAGCUGAUCUUAUCCGUUUCCGUCAACUUGUCGUGAAUUCGGUAAUGUCAACCGAUAUUGUAGAUAAGGAAAUGAAGGCUCUGCGCAAUGAUAGAUGGGACAAGGCCUUCAAGAAAGGCGACAGUGCCAGUUUUGAGGAUGAGAGCAAGACGGAUGAGAUCAACAGAAAAGCCACCAUUGUGAUUGAACACAUUAUUCAAGCCAGCGACAUCAGCCACACCAUGCAACACUGGCAUGUGUAUAGGAAGUGGAAUCAAAACUUGUUUGAAGAACUUUACGUGGCCUAUCUGAAUGGACGAAUGGAGAAGGACCCUAAAGAGUUUUGGUACAAGGGCGAGUUUGGAUUCUUUGAUUUCUACAUCAUUCCACUGACGAAAAAACUCAAAGAGUGUGGUGUUUUUGGUGUCUCAUCGGAUGAAUACCUGAACUAUGCCAUCAAGAACCGCGAGGAAUGGGAAGCCCGCGGUGAAGAAGUCGUCGCAGAAAUGGUACAAGCCUGUCGCACGAAGUUCGGCAUCAAGGGUCCUGAUGGCAGCGUCAUUAAGCCCCCUGAAAGCCCUCCAAGUUCCAUCUCGAAGUCCAGGUCGAAUGCUCGUGCAAUGCCUCCUGUUGCAGAGCAAAACGUCUUCAUGCCUCCCGUGCCUCCGUCUCCUCCUACUAGAAGAUCGGGAUCUAGUGUUUCGUCCUCCACACCCUCCAUUUCGGAACAAGCACCAGUCCUUUUUACGAAAGGCCUCGCUUUGUUGCCUCGACCUUCGUUUGGUGUUGCCGAGCCCUCACCUUCGACUCCCAACUUGGGCCAGCAAGAACCUGCGACUCAGGUGGAGUGCUAGCUUCACAGUAUCGCAUCACAGCACAGCAGAGGUGGGGGACAGCUUGAUGUGUGUGGGAAAUUCGAUUUUUCAUUUUAUUAGCUGCGUGCGUAUUACAUGAUAAGUAGGAAGUUUAUAUAUUGCC